AUGGCUGAUUUCCGAGGUCCUAAAGUAAGGGUUCCUCAUGAUUGGGUACAAAGUGGAACGCUAGUGGAAUAUGAAGUUCUCGGUGAUUGUCCAAAAUACAAUUCGAUUGAAGCAUGUCUAGGCGGGACAACAUCGAAUACAACUUGUAUUUGGUGUGUAAAAGCUAAUAUAUGCAUUACAAGAAACGAUACGGAUGUUCAUGUCUUCGAAGUGAAUGGUUGCCAGAUUAAAAGUUCGAUUGUUGAGGUUUCCACUGAAUCAUCAACUCCAGCAACUAAUGAAACUGAUCAUAGAAAUGAAUUGGAGAAGACUAAUCCAAGCACUGAAUCACAUUUGAACAUGACCACAGAUACAACAACUGUAGCAACUACUGAAACUGAUCUAAGAAAUGAAUUGAACAAGACUAAUCCAAGCACUGAAUCACAUUUGAACAUCACCAUAGAUACAACUGAAGACAUUGGGGAAAGAAAAUCACUGCCAUACGUGUACAUCGUUGUACCAUUAGUUAUAUCUUUCCUUAUUGUGGGCAUUGGCUGUGGCAUUUGUCUAUGGUUCUACAGAAGGAAGAGAGUUUAUCAAUAG